CAGUCUAGCGGACGGUCCGAACCUGGCCUGGUGUGUGUCGGCGCAGGUGUGUCCUCGGCGAACGAACUCCGGUCGUUGUUGCCAGCCGCGCUCGGUCGUCCGCGUCCACGUCGUCGCGCGGACUCCCUGGAGGUCGUCGUCGUCGCGGUUUCGUGCACGGUUUAUACACCGCCGAGCGGAGGGGAAGCUGGGAGCGUGCACGGGAGUGUCGAGAGGGUCGCGUUGGCGGGGCCGAGCCGGGAUUUAUGGAACCACCCCAUGGAUAGUAACAUGUCAACUGCCGCCUUCAUGCACCGGUCCGGUGGCUCCUCCAGCGCGUCAAGUGCUGGCACGGGAUCAUCGACCGGUGGAGGUCCUGGGAACCCGGCAGGAGGCGGCAGGAUGGCCGUCAUCGGUGUGACCAGGAACGUACGGCUGAGGCGUCGCGGUAACGCCGGCUUCGGCUUCUCGUUGCGGGGUGGACGGGAAUACGCAGCCGGGUUUUACGUCAGCGACGUCCAGCCGGGCGGCGAAGCGCAUCGGAACGGGCUGAGGGUAGGCGAUCAGAUCUUACGGGUGAACGGCUAUCCGGUGGAGGACGCUGUGCACCAGGAAGUCGCGCUGCUGGCGAAGAAUCAGCAAGUCUUGGUGCUCAAAAUUCGAAGCGUAGGGAUGAUACCCGUGAAGGACAACCCGAACGAUCCGGUUACCUGGCACAUGGUGCAGCAACAGCAACAGCAGCUGCAGUACAACGAAACUGGUUUAGGCGGCGUCCCGAGCGCAGAAGUCAGAAUUCGGAUUCUCGUCGGCGAGAAGGGUCGCCUGGGCUGCGGCGUUUGCCGAGGCAUCGUGCCUGGUCUUACUGUUCAGGGUACGAGGGAGGGCGGGCCGGCGCGGGCGGCCGGUCUGAAGGCCGGCGACGUAAUAAUCUGGUGCAACGGGCAACGACUCACCGAUCUGCCGUUCGAGAGGGCCAUCGAGGUGAUGCGCAGUUCGGCGAUCCUCGACCUCGUGGUGCAACGACCUACGCCCAAUCACCUUUACGACUGUCCCGAACCGCUGUGGACGCGCGGCUCCAGCGGUUACGACUCCGAGACGUCGAGCGUGGUGGCCGCGAGCCCGCCGCCCCAGCCGAACAAUCCGUCGUCCUCGCCGCAGCACCAGGACGGCAGGAUGCAGCAUCAGCGGUAUCCACGCGACGACGCCUGCAACAGGAACGGCAGAAUAUGCUGUCCCCUCGCGCUGUCUACCAGCAGCUGCAGCUCCUCCUCGGAAUGGGCGCACGUGGAGCAGGCGCCGGAAUGGACGCGAAAACCGAAUAACACGACCGUAAUUCGUGUUAAUCAGAGCUCGAACCAGAAUCACCGGCCUGUACCGGGCGGCCAGUAUCAUUUCAACCCGCGCGGCAAUUACGAGGAUGACAUCGACAACGAGCCGCUUUACGAUCCCGUGGCGCCUAGAAUCGACUACGAGGUGCACGAUUUCGACGCGAAUCCGCGGGACGAGGCUAAUCGGCGCUUGGCUUAUCGGCGAGAUAACGUGCGGCAGCAGGACGUGAUUUACGACGGGCCCGCGGACGACUUGCCCAUGUAUCACGGCUCCAAAGAGAACGGCCAGGCGGUCGGCAAUCGAUUGGCAGACCUGCAACUCAUGCAAAGACAGAGCGAGGCCGAAAGGAAGACGAUAACGACCGUGGAGGUGCAUCAGUCAGUUUGUCCACCUGCACCGCCUCCGCCGCUUCCUUACAAAUGGCCAGCAGACAUCGUUGCAGAGACGAAACCGAUGAACGCUAUGGGCAUGCAAAUGGGCAGCACCAUGUCGAUGGGCAGCACUGGCUCUACCGAGACCGAAUCGAGCCUCGAGUCGUCCUGCAGCAAGGACUCCGCGUCGACAUCGUCGUCGCUGUCGACGUCGUCCUGCGAGCCCGCGUCCACGGUUUCUUACGGAUCGGCCACCGGCGGUUCCAGCAGCGUCGCCAGCAAAACGGAGACUUCAACGGCCGCAUUCGCGACGGCGCGUAGCUGCGCCGCCAGGACCUCGCCGAUCGCCAGCACCGACCUGAGCACUGCCAUCACACAGGAGUUGCAGAGGCGAGCGCAACAGAGAAUGAACAAUGCCGCUAAAGCGGAAGCGCUAAAGGAAAAAACCCCGGACAAUCGCAAGCCUCAGAAUCCUGAAACUCUAAGGUCACAGGAGCAAAAAGUCACGCAUGAUAAGCUGAUGGAGGAGUUUAAACGUGCGCACCAAAAGAUGUUCAAUUCCGCUCAGCAAAAGGCACAGUCCGUGGACCAAGUUUCCGAGAAGGAGCAAGAGAAGAGGAUGCUCAACGGGACCUCGUCGACAACAACGAUGAUGACGACGACGACGUCGGCGACGACAUCGACCGGUGCCCCGAUACCGCCGCCGGCGCCUCCUCUUCCGCUUCCUUCUAAGAAUCGUGUAAACGACGAUCUGGUGGAGAUGCAGAGCAUCGAGUCCUUCAAAUUGAAGGAGACGCCCAGUACGGUGCCGAAGCCACCGCCGACCUACUUCCCGGUGUCGAAUCCGCCCGCGAACGGAAGCCCGCGUCACAGCGGCAUCGUAGGAGGAAGCAAGCCCGCCGCGAUGUCCAACGGCAAGGACGCCGCAACCAGUCCGGUCGCGGAGCUCGCCAAGACUUCGCCCUCGUCGGUCGCGCCGAUCAACGGCGUCCAGCCGGCGAAAUCGACCGUCGGCGGCAAGGUGGCCAUCAGGAUAGGCGCGUACGAGGGCGAGACCAAACAGCCGUCUCGAUUAGAAUUCUUGUCGCAACAGACGCGCGACAAGAACGGCACCGAGGACGCGUCCUCGAACGGCCCGGUCGUCUCCAGGCUGCAGAACGAGCUCGCGGCGACCCUGCAGAGGUCGAACCUCAGAAGAAAGACUGAAGGGGAAAACCAGUCGCCCGUGAAGACUAUUCCCGAAAACGCAGUAACGUCCAGCAACGAUACAACGAAUUCAGAGCCGAAUAAACAUUCUCAGGGCAGCGUAGAGAAACUCGCGUCCGCCCUCAACAACAAAGUCACCAUCAAAGUGAAUCCGGAGAAUGGUAGUCGAUAAGAGUGCAAUGUGCGUUUCGGUCGAAAAGACGUAGGAAAAACGGAUCCUCGUACCUUCGUAAAUUUUGUACAUUUUUGCACGUUCCGCCAACUGUUUCGACUUGAUUAUUGAAAAGUGAAGGAAGGCACGCUUCCACUAUUGGCGAGGUCCUCUCUUUUACACACACGUACGUGUUUUUUAUAUCUUAUUUAUUAUCGUAUUAUAUACACUUCGAGUAAGAAGCGAAGGAGCUAAUUCUUAUUAACCGAGACAAGGUAUUACGAGACCAGUAUUUACCACGUGGUCCCUGUCUUUAAAUGUAAUCUACUGCGCGAUCGCGGCUAUGUACGAACCUUAACAGAAGGAAAUUCGACGACACGUUGAAUUUCUAAAUAAAAACGACGAUACGUAACACUUGGUCUUCAAAGUGUCUUUCACAAUUUCCUAAAUUAACAUAACCAACACUUUCCGUGCCGCGCAGGCCCGCCGGUGCUAAAUUUUCUGUUCAGGUCUGAUAUUUUUCACCUGUUCUUUUAUAACUGAAUUGGCUACACUAGUUCAAAAAAUGUAUAUACACAUCGAAACGUAUAAAACGUACGUAGAAGAUUCUCACGCUUCAGUGUGGAUGAAUUUCUCGAAUUAAUGCAGCCAAUUCAGUUAUAAGGAACAAAAUAAUAGACUCUAAGAUCAAACAUAAUCAUGCAGUACCUUAAUCAUUAUUAUGGGAUACAUGUUAUUCGAUAAAUAAGAUUACAUUUGCGAUAGGACAAUAUCGGUGGCCCUCGGCGACGAGUCACGUAAAAUUAACCUAUGAAAUCCAUGUCUUAAUCUAUGAAAUCCAUGAGGAUCAAAAACUUUCGGAGAUUGUAAUCGAGGACGGACGAUGAUUGAUCAAUUCGUUUCUAUUGUCGAUGGUUUGUAAUUUGAUCUUAUCAAAUUCCGAGUCGAAGGUUAGAUUUCACAUUCUUCGGAUAUAAGAUUAUGUAUCCUACCUUGCUGCGACAAAUAGUUGCUUACAGCCGUUUUCUGUACGUUGAGGCUAGAAGAAGCAGGCUUGUACAAGAAUUAUUUCACAUCCGAUUAUCUCGUAACAGAGUCGACCAUCGUCGGUUAACGCGCGAAUAUAAAUUAACGCCGCGUUUUCGACUGACUUGAACUUUCCGCAUGACGCCAUUGAGCGAUCGAUUAUUGUGUCGAUUAGGAGCCGACUUCAGGACGGAUCACACGCUGAAUGUAGCAGCGGGUGACGUUCAAUUCUACAAUCACAGCGCUAUCUCACCUCGUUUGAAGCUCUAAAUCUUAUCGAAAUUACUAACACCAAUAAAAAUAAUAAUGAAGAGAUUAUGAAAAAAGAA